GUUAAAAAUUUGCAAAAAAAAGCUAAAAAGUUUAGACACGAUUUUUUUAAAUAAAAUUUAAUAGCAUUAAAAGAAACAAAUAAAUUUAAUAUUAACAACAAUGAACAUACAACAACUAUCAACAUCUGAACAUGUACCCAUAAUACAACAAAUGCAAGAACACCAUCAGCAGCAACAACAAAUGUUUUUACCACUAAAUAAUCCCGGCAGCAUGCAACAAUCUACUGCAGCGACAGUACAUGUAAUGCCAACACCGACCACUAAUUGGAGUAUGGAAUCAAUGCCUUGGAAAAUAACUAAAGCCGAUCAUACGGGAGAUGUAAUGGAAUUUACAGCGCAUGCACCGCACAAGAAUAAUGCAAUGAGACGAGCUUUGUUGCAUCAGAAACGGAAAUCAGAAUUUAAUGCAAUAGGAACAUUACCCAUCAAACAAUUCAUAUCGGAAGAGAAAAUAACCGCUCAUUUUAAUGGCUUACAUAUAUCUAGUGAUUAUAUACAACAUAAUACUGACAAUAUAACAGAUGAUAACGGCGAUGAAAUACCAUCGACAAGUGGCAAGUGUUUUUCAAAUUUAACCUACGAAGACUAUCAAGUAACGGCCAAGGAAUUGGAAGAAAAACUACGUAAUGCCAAUCGUAUAACAAUGUGUGAAGAACUGAAAAAAUUUAAUAAUGAACAGCAAAAAGUUUCAUAUUUUCCCGAAGCUCUACUACAUCGUAUAAAUAAACCCUGUACGGCUUUAGUACUGUGGCAACCAUCACCGCUAAUGAAUAUUUUCAGCAGAAAUAAUAAUAAUAAUAAUAUGAAUGAAAAUGAAAAUAAAAGGGAUAUAAAAGAAAACGAAACAAUUGAAGAUUAUACAAUUCCCGAUGUUGAUUUACCGCCCGAACAGCCGGAUGAAAUUGAUGAUUUUAUCGAUAACAAUAAUUCUUGUAAUUUAGAUUUUAAUAAUAUUAACCCCAACAGUAUGGAUGAAGAUUUGUAGUGUGAUGUUAUAGUUGAAAGCGAUUAUUUUUCUUAAAUCAAUAUAUGCACGUAAUUUGCCUAUAUGAAAAUAUUAAAUGUUAAGUCUUUGUUAGUUGAUGUCUCAAAUAUGUUUUUGGAAGACAUGUUUUAUUUUACUUUUCAUUAAAUAUAACACGACUGCUAAUGUUUGGAAAUAAAACAAUAUGUCUAACUAUAUCUAUAUAUUUGAGUUAUCCUAUUUUUUUAUAUAAAUCUUUUUUAAUAUGUAUUAAUAUUAACUUUUUUAUAUUAUUUUUUUACGACUCGAAAUUCGAUGAUGUGAUUCUACUGCUACAGAGAACGAAACAAAAAAAAACACAAAAAAUAUUCUUACUUAACAGUUAAGCCAUGUUUAUAUUUUAAGUCGCUUGUUUAACAGCUAAAAGUGAUUCAAUUUUUAACUAAAUUUAAAAAUUUAUCUUUAAUUAACUAAAAAUGAAUACAUAAAUAUAUUUGAUCAAUUAUCAA